AAUCAGCGAUCAGCUGUAGACUACACUAGUAGCCGCCAGUCUACCGUUUCUAUCUUUUUUCAAUCGCCAGAUCCUUUCGUGUGAUUUUCCACGACCCUCUGUCACCUCGGAAUCUCCUUGUGACUUACCGCACUCUCGGCCAUUCGCGGUGGUUUCUUCCAAUGGCGUCCGUCCUGGCACCGCAUUGCGUCUCGACUGAUAUUCGAUCAGCAUCAUUGCUGCAAUCCUGGCGCCGAUCCACGUCAGCCGAGUCUCAAGCGUCAGGCUUGUCGUCGCGAUCCUGGUUGGCAUCUCGCCAGCUGCAUUUGCGAACGUCGCCAAUCUCAUCGCCAGGAUGCUCGAAAUUUCGCGGACAGGCACGCGCAACCCUUGAUUCCGUAUCCCCCUCCUCCCUCCCACCAGCGAGUACAGCAGCAGCCGCCACGCGAAGGGACCUCCUCACGUCUACCGCCGCUCUCUCCGCCGCGUUGCUCGCGCAGCCGCUGCUUCCGGGCUUAGCCGUUGCUGACGAGGCGGCGAGCGUGGCUGAAGCGAGCGUGAUUGUAGGAGAACCCGCACCAGCGGCAGUAGCAGCAGCAGCGGCACCCGAAGCAUCCCCAGCACCAGCGCCGGCAGCAACACCAACGUCAACCCUAGAAGCGGGCUCCUUGCCCUCUACCACCCCAAACAGCAGCACCAGCAGCAGCAGCAGCAGUCCCACCACUCCCACCCAGUCUUCCAACCAACCUCCCACCCUGCCUUCCUCCGAACCUCCCUCCCCACCCACCACGCCCACACGGCCCUCCUCAUCCUCCCCGCCUCGCCCUGCCAGCGAAGUCCUUGACGUCGCCAGCUGGCAGCGAGUGCGCGGCGACGAUUUCGCCGUGCGGUUACCACCCGGUUUCGUCGACGUUACGCCGCAGCCCGACGAAGAGGAGCUCAACGCCCCCAUGUCAACUCUGGGCCUCGAAAACCGGGCGAAAAAAAACCCGCUGCUUGCCCGGUUUGUCUCCCCGGACGAAUCGGAAGUAAUCACGGUAAUUUACCGCCGGGCAGCUGACGUAAAACUUUCGUUCUUCGAGCCCAAAGAUGUUUCUGAUUUCGGCCCGAUUGAGGAAGUGGCCAAUCUCUUCGUGCCACCUGGCUCGAGGGUAUUGGCCAAACGGGCUUUCACGGCUACACCCAGGCGUGCGACACGGACGUAUUAUUUGUACGAGUUUGUAACGGGAAAGGGUCCCAAGGCGUUGCAUGGGGCGAUGAGUGUGAGUGUAGCGAGGGGUCAGGUUUACCUGAUGGCUGCCACUGCUCCUGAGGACAAGUGGCGGCCUGCUGCUGCCAGGCUCAGGGCUGCUGCUGGGGCGUUCCUUCUGGUGAUUUAAGGAGGUGUGAUUGUAGCAGGAGCAGGGGAGGGGAGGAGGGGUUGGGAGUGUGUCGAGGGGACAGGUGUAUCUGAUGGCUGCUACUGGGCCUGAGGACAAGUGGAGGCCUGCUGCUGCCAGGCUCAGGGCUGCUGCUGGGGCGUUCCUGCUGGUGAUUUAGAAGGAGACGUGAAUGUACCAAGUGCAGUAGUGUCAAGAGCAGGGGUAGUAGAGAGCAGGGGGUGUGAGUGUAGCGAGGGGUCAGGUGUCUCUGAUGGCGGCUACUGCUCCCGAGGACAGGUGGAGGGCGGCUGCUGCAAGGCUCAGGGCUGCUGCUGCUGGGGCGUUCCUGCUGGUGAUUUAAUACAACGUACUUGUUGCAGGAGCAAGAGGGUGGGUGUGGGUGUAGCGAGUGGUGCAUGUGCAGGUGGAAGGCUGCUGAUGCAAGGCACAGGGAUGCUGAUGCGAGGCUCAGGGCUGCUGCUGGGGCGUUCCUGCUGGUGAUUUAAUAAAGUGCUUGUAGCAGGAGCAAGAGGGUGGGUGUGGGUGUAGCGAGUGGUACAGGUGGAGGUGGAAGGCUGCUGCUCCUGGGCGUUCCUGCUGGUGAUUUGAAGGAGAUGUGAUUGUAUCAGGAGCAGGGGAGGGCAGGAAGGGGUGUGAUUUUAGUGAAGGUAGAUGCAUGGCUGGCUGUCUCUGACAGCAAGUAAAGGUGGUGGGGUGAUUCAAACGAAACACAGUUACGGAGGGGGGCCGUCCUGAGGAGAUGCAAGACUCCCAUCCUCAGAAGAUGCAAGAGGCUCCAGGCUAGGAAUAGAAGUGGGAAUUUUUAGGGUAGUGGGCUUUUACGAGUAUUCAUAGUGGUUUUUAGGAGGAAUACCUUGUGAUACUACUACACCAGGGUUUUGUCAAACAUAACUUAUGCAGUUAC